UUUUCAACAAUUAAAUAAAUUUUUGAAAUGAUAAAAAGUGAUGGCCAGUAUAGUCUCCAAGACUCUACUCGGACAGACCGUUCUCAACCUCCAUCGACAAGCCAUAUCUUUAACCCUAGAAGUUGUAGUCAUAAAUUAUUCCACAGCUCUUCCAAAACAUCCAAAGAAAGACUUGAAAAUUCAAAUUCACAGAAGAGAAGAGUUACUGAUCAAGAUAGGUUAAUGAAAAUAAAAAAAUUUCCAUCAUGAUUCUUACAGGAUAAAACUCCCCAUAAGAACUAUUAUAUGAAGAGAAAUGAUAAAUAAGUCUUAUUCAGUGGACAGAGUCGAAAGUCGUAGACAAAGACGAGUCUUUACUGGAAACAAAGCAACAAUUCAGCCAAAUAUUCAAAAAAUCUCUGAAUUCCCAAAGAGAUCCAUGAGUGAGGGAAGAAAAGAGAAGAAAGCAUUAGCUCGCAACAGGUCUCAGAGACAAACUCCCUUGGUUCAUGCCAUGAAUAAUGGGAUUUCUAGUUGUAUCCAAAACCCAACACUUCGCGAAAUGGGUGUUUUGAAGGAUUCAAUCUUCCAUACCAAGAAUAGCUCUUUGAAGAGUGUGAAGAGCAAUCUUAAUUUUGUUGAGAACAAUUCAAUCUGUACUCCUAAUCAAAUCCCAUUUGAGAUUAAUAGCUCUAUUACAUCAGUUCGGCUUCAAACUGUGGAGAAAGAAGGGGAAGAGACAUCCUUCUUCCAAGGAAAAGAGGUAUGGCCGAGGAAAUUUAGCCAUAUCAACAAACUAGCUAAGGGACUUGCAGUAAAUAUGGCUGAAGAUAUUCCCUUCCAACUCGCAGCAGGAGGGGAAAUGCCACAAAGGCCUUCUGCAAACUAUAACUUGAAGUCUUUAAAACUCAGAAACAACCAUUCCAACAUCCCCAAGGAGAAUAACUUGUAUAACAAAGGACUUUUUCGGUCAAAAUCAGAGCUGUCUCAAAACUUCAUGAACAAGGCUAGUUACGUCCCUCUCUGAGCCCCAAAAGAAGGAGGAGUCAAAGCUAGGCUAAAUUUCAAGAAAAACAAGGAAAAUCUAGAAGAAUCCAAGCAAAAAUUAAAAUUAAAUCCAGAGGACAUUACUAAGAAGAAAAUCAACAGACAGUUGGUGCAGUUUAAUAAGGAUCGAUUUAAGAAUUCCCUGAAACCAAAGAAGAAGCGGAUUAAGAGUGCUAAACGACCAAGGUUAAUCAUCGACGCUGCGUCUAUUUCUCGCCCAGGGUCUUCUGAUAAAAACUAUAACCAUCCUAGACAGUCUAGUCAAGGAGAUCAAGACCAGGCUAAAGGAGAUGUUCAGAAGCCAAAAUUUGGCAGAAAUCUUACCAAUAAGGAUCAACCUGGGCUAGCUAUUGGUAGAACAAAGAAGAAAGGCAUGCCUAAAAAUAUGAAGAAGAAUAAGAAGAAUGAUUCAAAUAUUAAACGGUUGCGGUUGAUGAAGAAAUCAGAAUCACAAAAUAUUUCCAAUCUGGAUAACUAUCUCAACAGGAUUGAGAUAACUGAGGAGCCCAAGAGUAUGAUGGAGAAUGUGGAAGAUAAUAGUGUCUCUCAGGGGAGUAAGAGGAGUAUUUUUAUCAACCAAAAUCAUUACUUACAUAAUCUCCACUUACUCCCUCAGAGAAAUGAGACAAUUAAGGCAAAAACAGAGCAACAACUUCAUGAAGAAUUCAUGGCUUUACAAAAAUGAGUAGAUCAUAUCCCAGAUCAGGAGGAACUAAGCCUUGAGUUUGAAUGAGAGAAUAGCACGAAAAGACUACACAAUCUAUCUUCAGCUGGAGCGAAGGAGCAAUGCAGCCUUGACAUAAAGGAAGAUACAAGCUGUCUUGUAACUGAGAGGACAAGCGAAGUGACUACAGAACAUUGAUCAGAUAUGAAAAAUCAUCGAGGUUUGAAACAUGAGGAGAAUUCUCGUUCUAAUAGCCAGCUGGUUCAAUACAAAAUGCCUGCAUUGUCUCUAAAAGGGAACAAAAAUGUACGAAAUCAUGAGAAUCCCUUUAAACAAAAGCAGUCAACAGAUGAUUCUUCAGGACUUGAGCAAAGCCAUUCUCAGGAGGGUUCCAAGGUAAUGGCAUCAGGCCCAAUGAAUAUAACAUUUGGCAAAUAACUUCACCUAUCUUUCAAAUUCAUUUUAUUUAUCCCAAUUCGU